AUGUAUGAUAACUUCCUUAAUGCCAGGAAAGCUUUCAGUAAAAUGGUGGAUGAACCAGAUGUAUUAUCUGAGAAUGAUAUUUCUGAGAGAAUUCAAAAACGCAGAAUACUCAGCAGUAGUGAUGAUGAUGGAACUAACAUUUCCAAUGUUCCUCGACAGAGACGACUCCCCACUCCACCUGCUGUUCCCAAAAAAUCUUGUAGUGAAAGUAUAUGUAUGAUAUCUGAUUCAUCUGAUGUGAUGGUUAAGUCCAGACAUGAUAUUAUAAAUAAAAAAGAAGUUUCAAAACCAUCCACUUCUAGAAAUUUGGGUUCACCUUCUCCAAUAAGAAGUUCCCAAAUUCAUGAUAGAGAGCAUUGGGCUAGUAGUGGAGCUGGGAAAAUCAUAGGUGAUAAAGUAAUUAAUUUGAACUUCAAAGAAUGUUACACAUUCAGAACAUCCUCAGGACAGGUAGUGAAAACUCUAAAUCAUGAUUUAACCUGCGAAUACCAUGAAGAAGCGGACACGAAAAUCGUUUACCACGCUUGCAAGAGCAAGAAAAAGAUCGUGAUAAAAUGUUCAGAUAGCGAUAUUCUGAUCAUCUUGCUUGCUGAGAGCCCUGAUGAGUCACCUGAAAUAUCAGAUAGUGAAACGGAAGAUCUCAGUGGAGAAGAUGAGGACUCCAAUGAUGAUGAAGAUGAUGAAGAUGAUGAAUGA